AUGGGGACUCGAUUACGUACACAGAAAACUAAACAAAAAGGUCUUGGACAAGUAAUAGACAAAUUAACUGUGUACGAUGGUUUAUUAAUACGUCGACAUUGUGACGCUACUGAAUAUGUGAAAUCUGCUAUAAUGGCAACCUUUUAUCACUACGACUCGGGUGAUGAAAAUCCGAAUCAUAGUAUGUGUCCAAAAGAUUCUUGGUGCUCUUAUCAGCGCGCUGAAGCAAGUGGAGAGCUUACUACUUAUACUCAUGAUUAUUCUCCCUUACCUCCUGAUGUUUUAGAAGCUAUCAAGCCAAUUUAUGAAGAUUUUAGUAAUGACAAUUUACUUUCAAGAUGUGUAGGUGGAUUCAAUCAGAAUAAUAAUGAGAGCUUCAACCAACUAGUGUGGAAAAUAUGA